GGCCAGCAGUAAUACACAAUGGAGGUCGAGCGGACAGGUUUUUCGGGUUUUGCGGGUUCGUCCGACGGUGGUGAGGCCGCUAGUAGCAGCGGACCCUCUGCUACCACACCAGCCGCCAGCCCUAACAGUAGGGCCCAGAGUCCCGUCAAGACAUCAGUAACAACCGGCACGGCGAGUCCCCCAGUCGACAGCCCCACCAGUGAGACUGAGGAAGUGACGGAGGCGCUGGUCCGAACAAGGUCGGCAACAUCCGAACGCAUGUCGGAUAUGCCCGAAGGAGACGAAGGUUGGCGAGCGUAUUACGAACAUCCUUUGACAGCAGCAACUACAGCCAUGUUGAACAUUAGCGGUGGGGGUGAAGAACAAAGUUCAAAUAUAGGACUACUGUAUGAAUACUACAAGCUUCCUCCAAUGGAAAAGGGAGACAAAUCCCUAAUGGAAAAGUACUCAUCUCUACCAGAAAUAUGGAGCACUGCUGUGACAUCGCCCAUAGGAACUACCACCAUAGCUCCCACCAUUCAUCACUCAGCACAACAGCCACAUCCAAGGCCACAUAUGAAAACUGUGACGUCGGUCGUGGCGAGUACCCUUACGUCAGGCACAAGAGCUGAAGAAAUGGAUAUCUAUCUGAACAAUGUCUCUGUCAAACGAGAACCUGAAGAACUGACUAGUACUCUUCCGUUGGUGAAUGGAAGCAAAUCGGAUUCUCCUGACUCCAACAAGCAUGAUCCGGUGAAAUCUGUUACCCCUUCACUAAUUUCAUCUUUACCCAAUGGGGACAGCGCCCUCUCUCCAGGAGAUCCUCCUUCGAAUCAGACUAGUACCGCAAUUCCAGUAGUAGUGCAGGUGAAGCAAGAGAAUCCCUCACCUCUGACCGUGAACUCUCAAAUUCCCGAACUCAAGUCCCCCGGUCAAGCAAUCGAUUUGGUGACGGUCACAGGGGGAAGCUCUCCGGAUCUUAGCAAAGCUCGAGAAAUUCAGACUGGAACUCCCCAACCCCAGAGCGCCACAGUGAUACCCUUACAGGCUGCAGCCAGCGUAGCACAGUCGUAUAGUUCGGCUCAGGUGUUUCCUGAUGUUCCGUCGUCGCAGUCCGGUUAUGAGCCUCUAGGUGUCGGACAAUAUAGUGUCCUUGCCAAUGCUGUGGUCACCGUGCCACAGUACAUCGCCCAGAGUUCCCUGACCAGCCGGACAUCAGGGUCCACUGUUUAUACACUGACCGCUACGGAUUACUACAAAGAUUUGUAUGCUUAUGUUGGUUCUCCGGUUACGGAACAGUGUCAAACCGGUCGUCAACAUAUUGCUUCAUACUCUGACACUGUCGAAAACGUAGCCUUUGUUGACCGAUACAUACGUCAGAACAGCAGCUACAAAACAGGCUUGCAUGGGUUAACCGUUGACCUUCCUUCCCCUGACAGUGGAAUUGGAGAAGCUACGAUUACACCAAGAGAUGGUGCUGGUCUUCCACAAAUCUUUGACUACUCGGACUUAUCUCAGACUCCCAAUCUUCUUCAGUCAUCCGACCAACCAACGACUCCUAGUGGCAGACCAGCAAGUUCACAAGGGACAAAACGACAGUGGCGCGAAUUCGGACGAAAUACAGAAGCUGAAAAAAUACAGAUACCAAGACUAUAUUCUGAUGUUGGUUUCCGAUAUUUCCUCGAAGCUUCCAUUUCUACCAGUCAAAGACGGGAAGAUGACAGAAUAACUUAUAUUAAUAAAGGGCAGUUCUACGGCAUCACAUUAGAAUAUAUUCCGGAUCCAGACAAGCCUCUGAGAAAUGCAACUGUCAGAGGGGCGGAGCGUAAAACUCGAGAUGAAGAAAGGAGAGCAGCGAAGCGCAGAUUGACUGCAACAGGAAGUACCAGGAAAAAAAUGGAAGAAAUGUACCACCCGCCAAGUGACAGAUCAGAAUUUUACUCCAUGAGUGACCUGUCCAAACCUCCAGCCUUCUUCAACCCAACUAUAGACAUGGAUAAACUCACCCAAAACAAGAUCUCGGGGAUAGAAUUAUCUCUGUAUACUACUUCACCAUCCAGCCACCAGGCGGCUAUUGAGGACCAACUUAAUGAAAGUGAAUCUCGUGACAAAAGUGAUGAUAGCAGUGCCAAUAGUGACUUGGUUUCUCGCCACCUGGUGAUGCCUAAAAGAAUGAAACUUUUCCCAACAGACAGAGUUCUUAUUUAUGCCAGACGGGAGGAUGAAGAGAUAUUCCACACCUUUCAUUUAGUCCCUCCCUCUCUUGCUGGCUUGGCAUCUGCGGUGGAAUCCAAGUACCAGAUUUCGAAGCAGAACAUCAGAAAUAUUUACAAGCGCUGUAAAAAAGGUAUUACUGUGCACAUGGACGACGAAAUCAUCCAACACUACUCCAACGAAGACACUUUUCUCAUUGAGUUCAAACAAGUGGGCAACGAUUUAUUUGAUGUAACGAUGGUGGAACUAUGAAGCCAGAAUGUGUUGUCAUAGUUGGUGGAAUGGGAAGCCUCACUGUUGGAUUACAGAACUGCAAUAUCAGAGACAAUAAAAGAUAAAGAGUUUAAAUCUUAUUGUGGAUAAAUCUGAAUGUGUUAGCUCGUCCCAGGUGCUUCCUUUUCACAGUAUGCUGGGAAAUUCCACUUUGUCUACUGCUACUUUUGGAUGAAGAGAACAUUAUUAAAUGCUAUGUGAAAAUGUGUGUGUUCUUUUAGAAGCCUUUGGAAGCUAAGAUGGAGAAUUAAACUCUGAUGAAAUUGGCAUAAAAUUAAUGAUGAAAAUGCAAGAAAGUGGGGUUUAUGAUUUUGCAUAUUUUAGCAUAAUUAAUGAAUAAAGUUAUUCUUUAAUAUUUCACUGCAACAUAUAAACAAUGUUUUUGUCAUUUUACUUACUUACAAGACUAAUUUGGAAAUAAU